UUCAUUCCAACCCAAUUAAUCUCUCACCCACAAACAAACAACAAUAACAACAACAACAACAUGUUCCCAAGGGCCAUCCCUCUGCUCCUUCUCAUCCUCUCCUUCAUCCCCUCCUUCAUAGAAAGUGGGGAGCACAACAACAAGAUGAUAAACAAAAUCAAGAGUAAUGGUGACGAUGAGUAUGAGUGUGUGUACACAGUGUACGUCCAAACAGGAACCAAGGUGGGAGCAGGCACAGACUCAGUGAUCAGCCUAACACUCACCCAAAAAGAUGGACAUGGAGUCCUCAUCAAGAACCUGGAAGCUUGGGGUGGUAUCAUGGGUUCCAAUCAUGACUACUUUGAGGCGGGUAAUCUUGACAUUUUCAGUGGCCGUGGACCUUGUCUUUCAUCAACUACUCCUUGCCGGAUGAACCUCACCUCCGAUGGCACCGGCAGCUUCCCUGACUGGUACUGCAACUACGUUGAGGUUACUACUACUCGCCCACGUGGCCUUUGUGCCCAAAGACUCUUCUCCGUUGGGCAGUGGCUCAACGCCGGCAAACCCUUUGCUGUCAGAGACUACUGCUCCUCUGAGCCGGAGGAUGGUAACCGCUGGCCGGCGGCGCCACGCCGGAAUAUUGCAGCAUGAGUGUGUUUUGCUUUUUAAUGCCCACUUUGGUUGGGCACCGUGCAGUCACUGCAGUGUGUUGUACUAAUUAAGUAUGAGAAAUAAAUUUGCAUCCAUGAAAUGAUA